AUGAACUCUGAGGCUGGCCGUGAAGCAGUAGAGGCGUGGACACGUCAUGGGCAAGUGAAGAUCGUAGUCCGCGGUAAUAGCACGGAGGAAUUGAUGGAUAUGUGCAAAAGCGCAAAAGAUGGGGGUUGUUUCUGUUAUUUGGUACAAGACGCCCGGUUACACGCAGAUACCACCUGGAUCGCGAACAGUUUUGGGAAUAUUCGGCACAGUCGAACAGGUGGACGCAGUCACUGGUGGUCUGAAACUUCUAUGACGUGA